AUGAACUUUAAACACAACAUGAUUAUUACUCUAGUAGUACUAGUAGCAACCUUAACAUGCUUUGUUUUCGGUUUUGCUCAUGCUACUGGAUUCGGUGAACAACCACUCUCCAAAAUCGCAAUUCACAAAACCGUUGUUUCACUUCACACUAGUGCCUCAGUUACAGCCACUCCUUUUAUUCUCGGCACGAAGGGGGAGGAUACUCAAUGGGUCACUGUUGAUUUUGAUUUUACUCAUCCAUCUGUUGAUGAUUGGAUUGGAGUUUUCUCUCCUGCAAAUUUCAAUUCAUCAACCUGUCCACCUGUAAAUGAUCCGAAAGAACAGAUUCCGUUCAUAUGCUCGGCCCCAAUUAAGUACAAGUUUGUGAAUUACUCAAACUCACACUAUACCAAGACGGGAAAAGCUUCUUUGAGGUUUCGGUUGAUCAAUCAACGUGCAGAUUUCUCCUUUGCGCUAUUCUCGGGCGGAAUAUCAAAUCCUAAACUUGUGGCUGUUUCAAAUUUCAUAAAAUUUGCUAACCCUAAAGCACCGUUGUAUCCUCGCCUCGCUCAAGGGAAGUCUUGGGAUGAAAUGACAGUUACAUGGACAAGUGGAUAUGGUAUAAAUGAAGCUACACCUUUUGUUGAGUGGGGUUCUGACGGACAAACGCCUGGGCAAAGUCCUGCUGGAACAUUGACAUUUGAUCGGAACAGCAUGUGUGGUUCACCUGCACAAACGGUUGGUUGGCGUGACCCUGGUUUCAUACACACAAGUUUUCUCAAAAAUCUAUGGCCAAAUUUAGUGUAUACGUACCGAUUAGGUCAUCUUUUGUCUAAUGGCUCGUACAUUUGGAGCAAGAAGUAUUCAUUCAAGUCAUCGCCUUAUCCCGGACAGGACUCACUGCAGCGUGUUGUCAUAUUUGGUGACAUGGGCAAAGCCGAGCGUGAUGGUUCAAAUGAGUAUAGUAACUACCAACCUGGGUCACUAAACACCACUGAUCAGCUUAUCAAAGAUUUAAAAAAUAUAGACAUUGUUUUCCACAUAGGAGAUAUAUCAUAUGCAAACGGAUACAUCUCCCAGUGGGACCAAUUCACAGCUCAAGUGGAACCAAUUGCAUCAACAGUACCAUAUAUGAUUGCCAGUGGUAAUCACGAACGUGAUUGGCCCGACACAGGAUCCUUUUACAACACUACAGAUUCAGGCGGCGAGUGUGGAGUUUUGGCUGAAACCAUGUUUUAUGUUCCAGCUGAAAAUAGAGCAAAGUUUUGGUAUGCAACCGAUUAUGGCAUGUUUCGCUUCUGCAUAGCUGAUACUGAACAUGAUUGGCGAGAAGGAUCUGAACAGUACAAAUUCAUUGAGCAUUGUCUUGCAACAGUAGACAGACAAAAACAACCAUGGUUGAUCUUUGCUGCUCAUCGUGUACUUGGAUAUUCCUCUGACUUUUGGUAUGGGCUGGAAGGAUCAUUUGAAGAGCCGAUGGGAAGGGAAAGUUUGCAGAGACUUUGGCAGAAAUACAAAGUUGAUAUUGCAUUUUAUGGCCAUGUUCAUAACUAUGAAAGGACAUGCCCCAUUUAUCAGAAUCAAUGCGUGAAUACAGAAAAAUCUCAUUAUUCAGGCAUAGUGAAUGGAACAAUUCAUGUUGUUGUUGGAGGAGCAGGAAGCCACUUGUCCAAUUUCAGCCAAGUCACUCCAAAGUGGAGUCUUUACAGAGACUAUGACUUUGGGUUUGUCAAGUUAACAGCAUUCAAUCAUUCAUCCCUCCUCUUUGAAUACAAAAAAAGUAGCGACGGAAACGUCUACGAUUCUUUUUCCGUUUCAAGGAAUUACAGAGAUGUCCUAGCCUGUGUGCAUGAUGGUUGUGAACCAACAACCUUAGCAUCUUGA